AUGUUUCGCCCCCAUCCUCUGAGGCAGUCGCAUACCCUCGAGGUGCCUCCCGACAGCAACAUUUCUCGCCAACUCUCCACCACGUCGUCCUCUGCCUCAUCUGGCUACUCCUACGCCUCCGACCAGACCCAGAAUACUCAAUACUCGUCGCUCUCGAGCGGCUACUCACCUCCCAAGCCAACUACCCCCACGCAUACCCAUAGACGCGGCCAAAGCGAUGUUAUUGCCCGCGCUCGACUCUUCGAAUCCGGCGAAAUGAACGGCUCAACUAGGGAUGCGGCGUCGACUCGCCCUUCACUUCGCCAGUUGCCUCAAGCCCCAGCUGCCUCUCUCCCCCGGCCAUCCCCAUCGCCAGAGCAAAAGCUGCGCCACCUCCGCGGCCAGAGCGUCGACAUGUCCAAGUUGUCUAUUUCCCAGCACGAUGGACCAGCUUCACCGGUAUCACCUCCUCGCAUGUCAUCGAUGCGACCAAACUCGAUGUUACUGACUCGCUCCGACUCCAUUCUCCGUGGAGGUGGAGCUGCUAUCCCCAGCAGCAGUGCUCACAUUGGAGCACCGGAGCUCGAGCAGCUUGGCCGCUCGUCCACAACACAGUUGCGCACUCUUUCUAGGCUUGCUCAGUCCAAUACCGCCGAUGACUUUGUCAUUACCUCGCCCACGCAGGAAGUCGUCGGCCUCCGCGGCCGGCGCAAACUUCAGCGUGCUGAACAGCCAGCUGCUGGCAAAGCAACCAAGUCUAACGCAUACGGAUGGGAAGGCCGCAACUGGAUGGAUAAGCAGCGUCAGUUUCUGCAAGCCUACGAGUAUCUUUGCCACAUCGGCGAGGCACGCGAGUGGAUAGAGGAUGUUACCAACAAGACUCUGCCGCCCAUUGUCGAGCUUGAAGAGGCACUUCGCGACGGUGUCACACUCGCCGAAGUCGUCGAAGCCCUCAAUCCCGAAAGGCACUACCGCAUUUUCCGUCACCCGAAGCUUCAGUUCCGACACUCCGACAACAUUGCCAUCUUCUUUCGCUAUCUAGACCAGGUAGAGAUGCCCGACCUUUUCCGAUUCGAACUCAUUGAUCUCUACGAGAAGAAGAACAUCCCCAAAGUUAUAUACUGUAUCCACGCGCUCAGCUGGCUGCUGUUCCGAAAAGGCAUAGUAGACUUCCGCAUAGGCAACUUGGUCGGCCAGCUUGAGUUUGAGCACCAUGAACUUGAAGCAAUGCAGAAGGGACUGGAUAAGUUGGGUGCCAACAUGCCGAGCUUUGGUAACAUGGGUGCAGACUUUGGCGUCCCCGAACCCGAGCCACAAGAAACCGAAGAAGAGAGAAUCGACCGUGAAUUGGCUGAGCAGACCGCCCAAAUCACAGACUUGCAAGCUCAAAUACGUGGUGCCCUUGCAAGAUUACGUCUUGGCAACACCAUGCAACAUCUUUGGGACGGUGAACGCGCGCUCAUCGACCUGCAAGCAUGUAUUCGCGGCGACUUUACGAGACAAAUUAUGGGAUAUAGGCUCCAAAUGCGUCGCUCUUCAAUCAUGGUUCAGAGUGCUGCACGAGGAUUCCUCAUCCGAGAACGCAUGAAGAAUAACAACCGCUGCUGGAAGGCCAUCGAACCCGAUGUUCUGGCUCUCCAGAGCAUGAUCCGGGCUAACAAAGUCCGGAAUGAGGUACGAGAUGUAACUGGUGUUAUGUCGCGAUCCGAAGGAGCGGUUCGGGAGAUUCAGGCGAUGUCUAGAGGCUUCUUAAUUCGCAAAGACCUUAUUGUGCAGAAGCGCGAGACAAAGCAAGCCUCUGGAGAUGUCCUCAAGCUGCAGGCACUUGCACGCGGAACGCUUCUAAGAGGCCAACUCGACGCUCAACGACAUCUCUUAGAAAGCUUUGACGGAGCAACUGUGCAACUGCAGGCGGCAGCUAGGGCUGUGCUGACCAGGAAUCAGAUUUCUCGCCAACGGGAUGCAAUGGAAUCAUUCACAUCUCCAUUGACUAUGCUUCAAAGUCUGGCCAGAGGAAAGGCAGCGAGGGCCAAGCAUCUUGGCACACAGAUUGAAGUCAAGCGCCACUCGCUCGACAUUGGCAAACUUCAGGCCGCUAUCCGUGCAGCAGCCGUUCGAUGCGAGAUAGCAAGUCAGCUGGAUAGCCUCCACCUUAACGAGCCGGGCACCGUCGAAUUACAAUCCCGUAUUAGAGGCAUGUUUGAGAGACGAAGUGUCGCUGCUCUUCAAAAGAAGCUGGACCGCGAAAACCCGAUAGUUACGAGUUUGCAGAGUCGCAUACGCGGAUUCAACUACCGUCGACAGCACCAAACUCUCAUGAAAGCACUGGCUUCUCACAACGCUCAGACAGCUGCUUUCCAGGCUAUCCUCAAAGCAAUGAUGGAGCGUGCCCGUGUUGAUGACCUGCUGACUGAGCUUUUCGAAGAGGAAGAGUCCGUUGUUGAGCUCCAAUCCGCCGUCAGAGCCUUUCUCGUUCGUGCUCGCUUCGAAGAGAAGAAGCGCUACUUUAACGAGAACAUGCAAAAGGUCAUCAAGAUUCAGAGCUUUGUCCGCGCCAAGGUACAGGGCGAGGCUUACAGGAGCCUAACGACGGGAAAGAACCCACCGGUCAAUGCCGUCAAGAACUUUGUUCACUUGCUUAAUGACAGUGACUUUGAUUUCAACGAAGAAGUGGAAUUUGAACGCAUGCGCAAGACUGUGGUGCAGCAAGUGCGCCAAAACGAAAUGUUGGAGCAGUACAUCGACCAGCUCGACAUCAAGAUCGCUCUCUUGGUAAAGAACAAGAUCACUCUGGACGAAGUCGUUUCACACCAGCACAACUACGGCGGCGGCUCAUCUAUGGGAAUGUUGGCCAACUCGUCCAUCUCUUCAUCCAACCAAUUCGACCUCAAGGCUCUAAACAAGGGCUCACGAAAGAAGCUCGAAUCCUACCAGCAGCUGUUCUUCUGCCUCCAGACUCAAUCCCAAUAUCUGGCCCGUCUCUUCAAGCACCUUCGCGAGCAAGGCACACCCGACAACGAAAGCAAGCGGAUUGAACUUCUGGUCAUGGCUAUGUUUGGUUAUGCGCAGAAGCGUCGUGAAGAGUACUAUCUGCUCAAGCUCAUUGCUCGUUCCAUACGUGAAGAAAUUGAAGGCAAUCGCAGCAUCCAGGAAUACCAGCGCGGUACAUUCUUCUGGUCCAAGCUUUUGGCUAACUAUACGCGAUCGCCACGAGACCGCAAGUUCUUGCGAGGUCUUCUUGGGCCACUGGUACGCGACAACAUUGUGGAGGAUCCUGUGCUGGACUUGGAGAGUGAUCCGAUGCAAAUUUAUCGAGCUGCCAUCAAUAACGAAGAGCUGCGCACGGGUCGUCCGGACGGCAGGCCGCUGGACGUCCCACGCGAGGUUGCGAUCCGCGAUCCGGAAACUCGCCGACUCUUCAUUGAUCAUCUCCGAGAUCUAAGAGAAAUCUGUGAUCAAUUCUUCCUCGCGAUGGAGGAUCACGUCUUCAAGACUCCCUAUGGUCUUCGAUUUCUCUGCCGGCAGAUGUUUGAGUCUCUGCGUCAGCACUUCAACCGCGACUCACCCGACAUUCUUCUCCAACAUGUGACAAAUUGGUACUGGAAGUUCUAUCUCCAGCCGGCUAUUGUUUCGCCGGAGAAUGUUGGCGUUAUUGAGAAGACGUUGAGCCCCCUCCAGAAGCGCAACCUCGGCGAGGUGGCGAAGGUUAUUGGCCAAAUUGCUUCUGGCCGACCAUUUGGUGGUGAGAACGUCUACUUGCAGCCUCUGAAUGCCUUUGUAGCCGAAUCCAUUGAACGCCUGCGUCACAUCAUGAGCGAGCUCAUCUCUGUGCCGGAUGCUGAGAGCACCUUCGACAUUGACGAAUUCAACGACCUCUACGCCAAGAACAAACCAACUCUUUACAUCAAAAUGGCUGAUGUAUUCGCCAUUCACAACCUUAUUGUUUCACAACUUCCGUUUAUGUGCCCCUCGAGAGACGACGUGCUGCGCGAGAUCAUCCAGGACCUGGGUAGCGCCAAGACGAAUGAGAGCGAGAUGAGCGCCGCUGGGUCGUCCGAUAUUCAAAUGUUCUUAACACCCAGGUUGCACAACGUUGAAGACCCAGAUGCCGAGGUCAAAGCUCUGUUUAUGGAAACGAAGCGCUGUGUGCUGUACAUUAUUCGUGUACAGACUGGCGUGAAUCUUUUGGAGAUUCUCGUCAAACCCAUUACAGAGGAGGAUGACGCCAAAUGGGCCUCACUGCUUCAAGAAGAUUUUGCUUCGAAUGGAAGCCACGGCGCGUACGCUGAUUCCAACAUGGUUGACGUGACGCGCAUGUCGUAUCACGAACUCAAACGCACAGCUCUUGAAAACGUGAUGCACCUCGAACAGAUGGGCAGAAUAUCCAAGCACAACAACUACCAAGACAUUCUCAAUGCCAUUGCUAGCGACAUCCGUUCCAAGAGCCGACGCCGAGUCCAAAGGCAACGCGAGCUUGAGGGUGUCAACUUGACGUUGGGCAAUCUCCACGAGAAAGCCAAAUAUCUGGAGCAACAAAGAAAGAGCUAUGACGAUUACAUUGAGCAGGCCAUGAUGACCCUACAAAACAAGAAGGGCAAAAAACGAUUCCUUAUGCCAUUCACCAAGCAGUACAACCAUCAGCGCGAACUAGAACGCAGCGGCAAGGUGCCGAAGUUUGGCAGCUACAUGUACAGCGCGCGGACGCUCUCAGACAAGGGUGUGCUCGUGACGUGGAAGGGCAUGUCGGACUGGGACAAGAUCAAUGUGACUAUUUCCUGCGAUCAGGUGGGCGUGUUCGUCAUUGAGGGCACGCGCGGUCAUAUCCAGAUGCCCGGAGCCAGUGCCGUUGUCAGCAUUGAAGAUUUGCUGCAGGCGCAGUUUGAGGCCCAUCAGUUUAUGCACCUCUUCGAGGGCAACCUCAAGCUCAACGUCAAUCUCUUGCUGCACCUGGUGUACAAGAAGUUUUACCGAACUCAGUAA